AUGUGCAGAGGUGUGCACUGCCAGGAGCUGUCCAAGGACAGCAAGAACCAAGCUCCCUUCCCUGUCUACCCCUCAGUUGGCUACCAGAUCCUCAACGCAGACUACCUGCUGUUGAGGGAGUACAGCCAGGAGCUGCUGGGGAACUCCAGCCUGCAAGCCCAGAGGCAGGCCUUCCUCAUUACCAACCCCGGGGCGGGCCUCCUGCAGCCGGCCGUCAAUGUCACCUUCGGCUCCCUGUCUGUGGAGAGACCCAUCGGCCCAGAGCUGCUCCUUGGCAGUCGCAGGAUCCUCCCUGUCAUCCUGGCCCGCCAGGUCCUCUCCUCUGCCCCCAUUAUCAGGAUCCUCUUUCACAUGCCCAGUAUGGCCAGUGGAGGUGACGCUGGAGGGGGCAGAGCUGGGGAGGGGGUGGAGGUGGGUAGUGGUGGGAGGAAGGGAACGGAGGAGGGGGCACACUGUGUGACGACGUAUGCCUUCUGUGAGACGCAGGAGGUGUGGGGGGCAUGCCUGCUGUCCCCAGGGGGGUUCUGUGUUGCCCAGUUGAAGCCCGACCCGGCCUGGUUCAGCCCCGCCAGCCGCUCCUCCAGCUCCGACAGCAGGGAUAGACAGGGAGAGGUGCAGGGUAUUCCCGUGGAGAUCUACUUCCAGAGCCGACUGGACUGGACAGGCCAGUGUGUGCCCCAGGACAGCCUGCAGCAUGUGGGGGUGGGGAGGGGCGGCCCAGUGGGAUCUGGUAUACCCAUGAGGAGGGUAGGGAGUGUCAACAUCUUAAAGGCACCACCUGGAAACCCUACGUUCCUGCGUCUGAGGUUAGGGGGGGCCGUGGUGGUCCAGACCUCCUCCAAACCACUGAGGACCACCGACAUGGCCACCUUCUAUGUGUUCCUGUCCAGUGUGUCUGCUGUGGAGAGCUUCACUCUUAGAGCCACAGUGAGGAAGGGCAUGUCGUUCAGUACAGCGAGGCCCAGUGACUCAGCCGUAUGGGACAUCGCCCUGGAGCCUGGCAGAAGGGGCGUAAACACCAUCUCUGUCGUGUGUCAGAGGAAGACCACCAAUCCCAGGAAAAGGGGUCUGUUGGAGGUCUUGCAGCUUGACUUUGAGUCCAAGGAGUUGACUGAGCAACCAUUAGAGAGCCAGAUGAUCACAUGGCGUUUGGAAACAGGACACAUCAAGGAUGUUGGCGUCAUGAGGAUCUAUACCACCCAGAGAGACUACGUAGGCCUGACACCACUGGUCAUGGACAGUGAUAUGCUGAACACAGCUGUUCUGACUGGUAAGAAAGUGUCUGCCCCAGUCAGGACUCUGGCUGUGGAAGCUGACGGCACUGUCACCGAUGUCACCAACUAUACCAACUGCAGGUCCACUGACGAGAACGUGCUGAAGGAGACGAGGGGGAGGAUGAGGAUGGUGCUCAACUUCACCUACAGCUACCUGAGUGCCCAACUGGAGAUGAGUGUGUGGAUGCCCCACCUACCCCUGCUUAUCGACAUAGCCAACCCCGAACUCAGCCAGAUCAAGGGCUGGAGAGUCCCCGUGGCCGCCGGCAACAAGAGGACCAGCUGGGACAGUGAGGAAGAGGAGGAGAUGAGGAAGAGCAGAGGCUGCAUGCUACAGUACCAACACACCGUGGUCAGUGUGCUCACACCCUUUGUGGCCGAGUCGUCGGACCCAUCUCCAGACCCCAUGGUAGGGGGAUUGGGGGGGUCUCUGGAGACUUUCCUGGGGCCAGACUGGCAGGUGGAUGUCACCAGCCUGGUGCGCUACUCUCUCAGGGUGGGAGACCAAUCUAUAGCCAGACUACAUGCUGGGACGGUACUGCAGGGACGCUCUGCAGGGACCACCACUCUACAGGUGAUGUCUCCUCUGUCUGACUCGAUCCUGGCUGAGCGGAUGGUCAGGGUUCUGGAAGACAAAGUGAGUGUGACAGAGCUGGGAGUGCAGCUGGUCUCUGGCCUCUCUCUGUCCCUCCAGCUCAGCCCAGGGAGAAACAUGGCCAUCAUUGCCACGGCUACAAUACAGGAAGUCAUGCAGAGACCCAAACAGGAGGCAAUGGUCAGCUGCUGGAUCCAGUUCAGUGACGGCUCAGUGACCCCUCUGGACCUCUUUGACCGCAGCGUCUACUCCCUGACUGUGACCUCCGGGGACAAGAGUGUGGGGACUGUGCGCCGGACCCCCCAGUCAGCAUUUGUGGUGGCAGAGGGUGAGGGUCAGGGGGCGCUGGUGAAAGCUGAGCUGAGGAUCUGUGAGGAGUGCCAGAAGUCUAAGAGGAAGAGCAAGCUGGUGGUGGGCAAUGGGCUUCUUAGGGUCACUUUCCAGAAAGGCAGCAGGACGGACGGAGGGGUCACUGGUGGUGGUGCUACUGGCUAUGGCAGUGAAGGUUCAGAGUCAGAGGUAGAGCCUGAGCCAGUCGUGACAUCACCACAGGAACUCACGCCAGUUGUGACCUCACUACGGGCUCUGACCGAGGGGGACGGAGACAGACGCUCGUUCAGGAGCACUGUGCCAGACUGCCAGGACAGCACUGUAACUGAUGUCACCACGUCAACAGCCAGGGAUCAGGAAGUGGCUGGAGGUGGCAUCUCUACCAUCAGAGAGGGCAUCAGCAGCACCACCACCAACACUGAUACUAGUACCACCACCAAGGGAAAACAUGGCACGGACAAACCUCAGGUGUCUGGCAGACCUGGCAGGGACAGAAGCCUGGGCAGAGGACAGGGGCUGAGGAGAGACUGGGGGAACCUGGUUGAAAACCCCAACCAGAAGAAAAAGAUGCCCAAAGCAGAGGCACCACCCCAGAAAGAGCAGCCCAAGCCGCCCCAGGUGGUGGAGAGUGACCUGGUGAAGACGUUCAAAGCCAUGUCAGACCUGGAGAUUGGCAUCUUCGCGCUGGUGGGAGUCUCUGUCCUGGCCAUCCUGGCCUUCCUGCUCAACUGCGCCUCCUAUAAUCUCUGCUUCCGGGUCGACAAGAUCACCGUCCAGGGCAACCCAGACCCCAACGGCCCCAAGGAGCACAGGCACGACUGGGUGUGGCUGGGGACCAGCACAGGGCCAGUGCCGGACAACCCACCCCAGGUCUCCACCAUCAAACGGGAGAACCACGGCUCUAUUGAGUCCCACUGCAUCCUGCAGAGACAAUGCUCCACAGAUAGCCACCGGGCUCUGGAGAGCAACCUGAGUAUGAGUGCUAUCCCAGAGAGGACUGCCACCUUGGGUAGGAGGAGCAGCUCCCAGCAGGUUACCACCCUGGACCCCAUGGCUCAGGGUUCAGCCACCCUCCUAGCCAAGCCAACCCGCAGCGAUCCACUCCACUCCCCCACCAGCAAGAGGAAUCAGGUCCAGUUCACCACCUUCACCACACUGGACAUUAAGCACUUGGCUGCCCUGAAGAGGAACGGAGUGGACUUUAACUGGGCCAGUCAGGCUGGGGGAGCUGGGGAGCCUAAGGGGCCACUACCUGACAUGCUAUGGCCUGUAGUCACACCCAUGGGCCAACCACAGUGAUACUCCACAUGGGUUUUGUCUGUCU